GCUAUCCAAAUUCUCAAUAUCAUCAACAUUCUCGAUGCAUAUCAAACCUUUUUGGAGAAAAAUGAGGUGUAUUUUAGGUUCUUCAAGAACUACCGAAUUUUUUCUCCAACCAUUUCGGAUUCUGCAAUAGUGUGUGAAAACAAAGAAUUUGAAAAUGGAUAAAGAAUUUGAAAACCUCUUUUUGAUUAAAUCAUUCAAAAAUUGUUUGUAACUCCUCAAAAUUUUCUAAACUGCAGAAUUCAAAUCUUGCAUAUUUUUUCCGCAUCAAAGUUGAAUUUUUAGCUACAUUUUAAGUGAUCAAAACCAAAAGAAGGCCUUCUCCAACAAAAAAAUGGCGGAAGUAGACAGCGACAGAGUCGCCGUAAUGUUGACGUCGGGGGCGAGCAGGAGAAUCAACACGUUGUUUUCUCUGAGCGUAUGGCAAAGUUUGUGGCUCCUGAUCAACGCAUUAUUCUUGAUCUUCGUGCUGCCGUUUCGGGAGUGGCGGAAGUGCAUGGCGCCGGAGUCGGCGGACAAGGGCGGCGGUGCGAAAGAGGAGAAGUUGUCGGCGCCGCCAGGAAAGGUGUUGAGGAUGCCGAUGGGAAUGUUGCCUAGGAAGAGCGUUGUGGACAAGGAGGUAGCGGCGCGGCGGGUGACAGCGAUUAAGAGGGUGAUGGAGGAUGAUGGUGGUGAAAAGAGCUUGAGGGAGUUUUCCAUGUUUGUUUCUUGCAGAGGUGACACAAUUUUUACUCAAUCUUGGACCCCUAUUAAAGUUCAAGUCAGGGGAGUGGUUGUUAUCUUGCAUGGCCUGAACGAGCACAGUGGGAGGUAUGGUGAUUUUGCAAAGAAACUCAAUGCAAAUGGCUUGAAGGUUUAUGGAAUGGAUUGGAUCGGACAUGGCGGAAGUGACGGACUUCAUGCUUACGUGCCUUCUCUCGAUUAUGCAGUUAAUGAUAUGAAAAUGUUUCUUAACAAGGUUUUAGCUGAGAACCCGAAAUUGCCCUGCUUCUGCUUUGGACAUUCUACCGGUGGAGCAAUAGUUUUGAAGGCAGUUCUCGAUCCAAAGGUCGAGCAACGUGUAGCUGGUGUCGUGUUAACCUCACCGGCCGUUGGAGUUCAGCCAUCCCAUCCUAUCUUCGUUGUGAUCGCUCCCGUUUUUGCCUUCUUGUUGCCAAGAUUUCAGUUCAGCGCAGCAAAUAAGAGGGGCGUCUCGGUCAGUAGAGAUCUGGAGGCGCUGCGAGCCAAGUAUUCUGAUCCCCUGGUGUUUACUGGAUCGAUACGGGUGAGAACGGGCUACGAAAUCCUCCGCGUCACUGCCUACUUGCAGCAUAAUCUGAGUCGUCUGAUGGUGCCGUUUCUCGUCCUCCACGGCACGGAUGACUCGGUGACGGACCCUGAGGGCUCCCGAAAGCUCCACCGAGAGGCGUCCUCAAGCGAUCGAACAAUUGAGCUUUACCAAGGAUGCUUGCAUGAUCUGCUCUUCGAACCUGAGAAGGAACAAAUUGUAGAGAGUAUCAUCACAUGGUUGAAUGCUAGGCUAUGGUCUUGGGACAAUUUAGUGAAUCAAUCAAUUAAUUGGUAACAAAUUUCAUGGUCCUUUGAUCAUGUACUUCCUUAAAACUUGCCUUAAUUAUCAGACACUUUGGGUUAUUCUUUAGUUUAAUUUAAUUUUGAAGUUAGUUCCCUUGAAUUGGUUGGCCAACUUCAAGAAAUUGCUAUUUCACCUCUUAAAA